AUUUUUCCUUGUUGAAAACAAAUAUUUAUUCGAAUAAAAUUGUAAUUUUCAAACAAUAUGAAAAACGUAUAAAUAUUUGUAUACUUAGUUAAAUGUAAAUAAUGAUAGGAAUAAAUAAACAGCGCUAUCUAUACCGACAAUGAUAAAUAUAAUAUGUUUUCAAAUUUAUUACUUUAAUGUACUUAAGUUACACAAUUUCCACCUUUAUAAAUGUCUUUGCUUGUUGCUUCAAAUUUCAUUACCGUAUAAACUUGUCGUUGCGAUGGAUCGUUGGGUAGGAAAAGUGGCGGUAGUGACCGGUGCUAGUGCUGGUAUUGGUGCUUCAAUCGUCGAAAAGUUGGUCCAGAAAGGCAUAAUCGUGGCAGGUUUCGCUCGUCGAGUAGAGAGGGUUGAAAAUCUCGCCAAAAAAUUAGAAGAUGCUAAAGGAAAAUUAUAUGGACUUAAAGUAGAUAUUACAGUCGAAGACGACAUCAUCAAAGCAUUCGAUUGGAUAAAGGAUAACUUGGGUCCCGUCCACAUUCUUAUCAAUAACGCCGGUAUAAGUAGGUCUGGUUCUCUAAUCAGCGGAAACGCUCAAACUUGGAAAGAAAUAUUGGAAACUAAUGUUCUUGGGUUAUGUGUGGCCACGAGAGAAGCCGUCAAAAAUAUGAAAAGUAAUAACGUAGAGGGUCACAUUGUUCACAUAAACAGCGUGGCUGGUCACAAGCAUGUCGGUCUACCCCAUAUGAACGUUUACUCUGCCAGUAAAUAUGCUGUUACUGCUUUGGGCGAUAAUUUAAGGGACGAACUUAGGAAAAACAGACUUAAAAUUAAAGUCUCAAGUAUAAGUCCAGGUUUGGUGAUAACUGAAAUACACGAAAAAGCUCAAUUGACAGGGAAAGAAAUUCAAUGGAUACGAAACGAGCCAAUAUUAAACGCUGAUGAUGUAGCUGACGCCGUUUCGUACGUUUUAGGAACACCUCCUCACGUUCAAAUUCAAGAAUUAACAAUAACUCCCAUCGGAGAAAGAAUUUGAUUCUUUUUAAAUUAGUUUGUAGAAAAUUCUGGUUACAAACGUGUUGCAUACAGUAAUUACAUGUCGUUUUAAACAAUUUA